AGGUCCCCUUUCUUUCCCGUCCCAACUCGACUCCUCGCCGUCCACCGCUGCCCACCGCGCCGUCGCCUGGCCUGGACCCCCGCCGCCCCUCUCCAGUUUCGGCCCGACGGCGGAGCGGUGAGCCCCAGGUCAACAUCGUCGCCCAGGACCCCUUUCUCUCCGUCGACCCCUCGGUCGUCGCGGGCUCGCGCCGCCAUUGCCUCCACAUGUUCGGUCUCUGAAACCGCGUUACUGUAUACAUCGAUACGGAGAUUUGUAUUCCCGAGCGUUCUGAUCCCCUCAUUGCUAGCUAGGAUGUUUAUGGUCAGAUUUCAACCUUUGUCCCCAAAUCCUCAUAUCCUGAACGUGUGAUUCCUCAAGCCCGUGGUUCCCUCUUCCUGAAAAGCCUCAUCUCAGCUGGGGACACAUUCUCCCGAAUUUGAGUCUAGGCACGGUUUUAACCCAUCUUCUAUAAUUUGUCAAGCUAGAGUACUCUAGUUUUUUCCUUUACAGCAUAUCGUGCUCUUGUCAUUAUGUCACAUUGUUACCAAAUGGCGCCUAAAAAAGCAAGCCUGCAUAGCAAUGACUUGUGGUAUCUACAAUAUUUUUGAUAUAUCGUUAUCAUGACGAUGUGUGUCCAAGGCUUCAGCAGGGAUGGCCGGGCUUGUGCAUUGCUAUUCUUGGCAUUGUGCUGAGUGAGUGGCGUAGCAUUUAUUUGAGCUAAGGAAGUUACACGAUAAACUGGCUGGCUAGUCAUAGGAGCAUGCUAAACGUUGCCUCUUUUUUACCCUCUCCGUCAGUUUAAUAAUAGAGAUGUCAAUCCCUGGCCGGCUAAUUAUAGAUAAAUUCUAAACUCUACCUUUUCCUCCCUCUCCUUCAGUUUCCCCAGAGCAAAGCAGUCUCUCGCGCGAUCCAUCUGGGCCGAUCCCUUUGCUGAGUAACAGGGAGAUCAUGUCCCCUGGUCCAUUGUGCAUAAUGAGUUAAUCACAAGUUGAAAUGGACCAUCCUCCAGUUGCCGAUCCUGAACAAACCAAGGAUAAAGGUGUUGGAUCUAAGGGUGAAAUGGAUCUCCCAGUUGCCGAUCCUGGACCGGUGAAGGAUGAAGGUGAGCUUCUCCGGUGCCCGUUUUGCGAUUCUGAAGCAGUGUACAAACUAGCACAAUUCUUGCUCCCUGGUUUGGCUGCGGUCUGUGUCGACGGUACAACUGGUGAUCUCUUCAGGGGCCCAUCUGAUGUUGCUGUUGACCUCAGAAAAGAAAUGGUGGACAGCAUUACACAAAGAAGUGAAACGUUCAUAGCCGAUGCUGAGGCGGAACAAAACGCUGAGAAUGAAAUGUCGGAUGACCCUUAUGAGAUCGUGUCAAUAUUCAUGGAUGAUUUCAGUCGCACGAAAAGGAACAUCAUUGGCCAUGUCUCUGGGUGGUUGCUAAGUGACAGCCGUGAUGAUAAGAUCGAUGACUUUGUCCAAGAAAUGGAGAUGACCCGCUUCUGGCCAUUAGAGAGGAGAGAAGCGAUAGCCGAGGUCCUCCUCAGGAAUGUGGACAUUAAAACCAAGUUCCACUGCCCUGAGAAAUAUGAAAACGAGGAACGUCUUGCUGAUCACAAAGCACAGUGUAGCUUCAGGCCUGUCACUUGCCCAAACGAGGGAUGCCGAGCAAAAGUCUCUGUUCGUUGCAUGCAGGAUCAUGAUGCAACUUGCCUUUUCAAGAUCCUUCAGUGUGAGCAAAACUGUGAGAAACGGCUUCUGCGGCGUGAUAUGGAUAGACAUUGUGUCACUGUCUGCCCCAUGAGGCCCAUGAAGUGCCCUUUCGGGUGUGAUGAUUCGUUCAGUGAACACGACCUCGAGGAGCACUGUUCAGAGAGUCUCCAGCAACACUUGCUUAAGGUCCUUCAGGUGAUUCACAAGAAUAAUUUUACAGCUGAUGAGCUAAAGGAAACUGCUCUACGACUGGAGAAGUCUGAAGAUCGUGGUAAACUGGCUAAAGCUCGGGAUGCAAGAUCUCUUGCUACUAUUGUGAAGGAUCUUGAAGCAAAGCAAUUUCAAUGUUCUGGUGUAGUAUCUCAUAUAAACCUUGGUGGUUGACACGUGAGGUGUGGAGAUGGAGAUAACCACAGGAUAACACCGUACAUGGAGAUGGAGAUCACCAUGGGACCGCCGUGUACAUAGAGAUGAAGUUUAUCAUCGGUUGCCAAAAAGGGGCUAUACCGUAUCAUACUUGUAUAAACUGUUUGUGAAAGUUUAUCCCUUAUAUAUAUAUGCACCCUUCUUUUA